GUAUUGUCUGCAGCCGACUUCAAAGAGAAAUGUGCACGCGAACCAGAUGUUGUUGAAGCGACCGACGUGGCCGACUGCCCGGUUGAACUGAUCCUGCAGCAUUUGCUGAAGUAUGGUUCCGACGAGGCAGCAUUCCUACUCUUCUUGCCAUCACUUCCACCAGUGGAGCACGAACAGCAGCUGUACACAUUGGUCGUGAGGAGCUUGGCCCGGAGGAUGCUUCGUGCGGACUUCGUUCAGCUUGGGCAUACACGGUCAUCGCCACAAGCAUUGAACUCCUGCCAACGAGCUGUUUUGUCAGAAGCUGGCAUCCAUGGCCACGUAAGCGGGUAUGAAUCACCCCGGUUUGUUGUCAGUGCGGAACGCAUCUCAGUGUCACUGCCACGUGCUCGUGUGAUGUUGCUUGCCUUGGAGACUGCCACUGAAUGUACAGGGCAAGCGUGGGAAGCCAUUAUGCGUGGCUUGUGGCAUACUGUCUUUGGAGAGGCUGCGCUGCUUCCAACUCGUGCCGACAAUGCGCAAAUUCCUAGUUUUUUGCGUGUGCUUGAUGGCCCCAGCGGGUUUGCCAAGACCAGGAUGCCAAAGUCGUCUGAUUAUUUAGAUUGGGCAGCCACCGCCUUGCUUGAGACUUGA